AUGCCCAAUUCCAACCGGCCACCGCCACCCACGGACCACUAUGCCAGCAUGUUCGAUUUUGGCUCGUCGCUGCCUCCUGGCGCGCUCCUCCCGUCCGUACCAGGUUACAGCCCCGUGCUCGGUGCCCAACAGCUGCAGUCGCCUGCGCGCAUGAGCAGCAACGUCAACAACGGGCAUGGCCAUGACAACAUGUCGCCUGGGGCGCGCAUGGGCGACUUUGAUCCGUAUAACCACGGCCGUACGCACCCAUCGACAACCAUGCCCUCACGUUCAUCGACGGGGGCAAGUGAGACCGAGUACGGCAACCACUUGACACGUGAGAUGCGCGGCGCUUUGCCAGUCGCCCCUCCUCCCCCUCCCCCACCUCGUACGCGUGAGGGUAGCGUGCGUCGCGCCCUUCCAAAGAUCCCGGGACAAGCGGAAGGUUUGUAUCAGCCGCGGCCGCCAGCACCUGUUCUGGCUCCUGCACCUGUCGUUGCUCCGAUUCCUCCGCCUGCUCCUGCACCAACUGCAUCUUCGACGUCGGGCUCUCGCAACGCUCCGCCAAUGCCACCGCCACGGUCUAUACCCACAAGGCGCGCUCUGCCUACUCCUCCCACCGCACUGCCUCCAGUCUCCAAACCGUCCAUCUCAGCACACACGCACGACUCGCCGCCCGGGUCGCUGCGCAACCUAGGUGCAUCCCAGCACGACGUAGCGCUUCCUCCAACCCAGCAUGAGCACCAGCGGCAUGCCUCGCCUAGGAUGCCGCGCGACUCAGACGCCCCGUCUCUGCGACAGGUCCUCGACGCGUCCUCUACAUACGACACGGGGGCCUCACACAACAGGAGCGACUGGUACUUUGAUCCGGCAUCAACUGUUCCUACUAGCGUCCCUUCCCACUCGACACAGAGAUAUGUGAACGGCUCCAACCACACGUCCAACGCCCAGAGUGGGUCGCAUGUCGACGACAACUUGGCGUACGACUCGAAGCUGGACAUUACUGGCCAGCAGAUCGGCGUGAUGGGCGAGAAUGAGGACCUGUCGAGCACACCCAAAGCGCAUUCAUGGGUACGCGGGUUUGACCCAAAACGCCUUGCACCGUCGUCUAGCGUCAACAGCCUGCAGACUCAGGCAGCGGCGACGCCGUCUCCCAUCCCGUCGCCGGUCCCAGCACCAUUGGCCUUUCCAGAUGCUCGGCCUGUCUCGGAAGGACGCGCGACGCUCGGCGUUCCGUCGUCGCACCCGAACAUCCUCGGUCGUAAAGACCUGUACGACGAGCUGGGAGUUGAUGAGUCUGAUUGGGGUGGGCAGAACUACGACUACUCUACACAGUAUGAGCCCAUCGCCUCGUCCUCCAGCGCGUAUGCGGAACCCCGGCCGAACGGCAUGCCCAGGGCGGAGCCUUCGGGCCAGCGGAAUCCAGCAAGAUGGUACCAGAGCAAACUCGACAUCCAUGAGGCCAACGGGGGUGGCGAGUUCUACGAGGACGACGAGUACGCAACGAGCGAUGACGAUGAUGGGGCAGACGACGAGAUGAAUGGCUUACGCUUCUUUAAUCCAGCGUACCUGAGCGAGACUGCGGUACAGGUCCGCGACCGAGUCAUUCGCGGUACACACAUCAAGGGCGGCACCACGUACGUGGGAUCGUUUACGGGAACGGAUCUUGUAUACGCCAUCGGCACUCUCCAACCACCAUUUACCCGCGACGGCCCUGCGGAUAGACGCUUUGCCCUUCAAACGGCAAAGUCCCUUCAGUCGCAGCUGUGGGUCGUCGAGGCCGACUGGGUGCCCCGCCCAAUACGGGAUUCCCCCGAUGACGUCUUCAAGUUUAUGAGUGACCUGGACGGCAUGGGCGAAGACGUCUCCUUGCCCAAGGGUGUUCUCACUAUGGCAACCAAGUGUUACUCCUCGAGCUGUAACGGAAAGGGCGGAUGCUACAGCCCUCGCUGCCCUUACACGAGGUCGCCCAAUUCGUUCUUAACCGUCGUCGUCGAGGACGAGCCAGGACCGAGCCGACAGCCCAUGGCCGUGGUCAAGAAUGACAAGGACUGGAUGGAAGACGUUCCAGCAACUCAGCGGGCCCUGAUGAGCGAGGACGAGCAAACGCGCCAGACUCUCAUCCGCAAGGCUAUCAUUGAGGAGGAGCGCUACGAGGCUAACCUUGGCCUCAUCGAACAAACAUUCCUCAUCCCCUUGCAAACCGCCAGCCCGCCCAUUGUGCAGCCUUACGGCACAUUAGACCAGUAUGUGCGCGGGCUGUUCAGCAACAUUGUCGAGAUCCGUCAGGCGUCGCGAGCUCUUUUGGAGAACUUUGCUAUACGUCUUCGCGAGCAGGGCCCGCUCGUCCAGAAUGUCGGCGACAUCUUCCUCGACUCGGCCAGCCAGUUCGAAACACUGUACUCGCCUUACAUCGACAACCUCCCCAAGGCCGACACACUUCUCAACAAACUGAUCGAAGAAAAUCUCCCGUUCUCACACUGGUUACAGGCAGUAUCGAGCACCACAGAACGUCGCCUUGACCUCCGCUAUCUCCUCAAGCAUCCGGCCAGUCACCUCCAGUGCUAUCCACAGAUCAUCCAAGGCAUUCUUGACAAGACGCCACCCGAGUCACCCGACUGCGACUUCUUGAAGGAGGCUCUGGGAUCAAUCCAAAACAUUUCGUACAUCUCUCGCCUCAAGCUGUUCCAGGCGUCACUAGGUCGCGACCCGCAUGGCAAGCUCGAAUGGAACGAGGUUGUGUCACCGACGGUGCUUAAGACCAUGUCCAGCAAGGAAUGCCGCCUGCAACACAACAUCUGGGAGCUCAUCAAAACAGAGAUGCAGUACGUCUACGAUCUCCAACUUAUCGACAAGAUAUUCAUUACGCCGCUGAGAAUGUCCGACAAGGAGAUCAUUGAGCGCUCGCGGCUCGAGGUGUUCAUCGACGACGUCUUCCAUAACUACAAGUCCAUUCUCGCGGUACACGAGAAGUUGCUCGCGGACUUGCACGACCGCCAGCUCAAACAACACCCCAAAGUUGGCAUGGUGUCGGAUCUGAUGCUCAACGCGUAUCUGAACGGGAACGAGGCGUACGCGGAGUACAUGCCCCACUACCCUAUCGCAAAAGCAAAAAUUGACGAGGAGAAGUCUAAGAACCCGAAUUUCGCUGCGUUCCUCCAAGAGGCACGGUCGCACCCAGCAGCCGUUCAGAGACACGACCUCAACCACUACAUUUACCGUCCCCUUCCUCGCUUUCCGCGCUACAAUAUGCUUCUCUCUGAGAUCAUGAAGCAAAAGCAGGCUGUCCUCGAGGAAAAAGGGCUGUCGGCGGACACCGACAGCGACAUUGCUGAUAUCGGCCAAGUCAUUGACUUGAUCGCAGGUCUGACAAGGGCUGCCGACAAGGGAAUCGCCGUCAACGAGGCCAGGGUCUCAUUGUGGGAGUGGAACACGAACCUCAACGGCGGCAAAUUUGGACACCGUGCAGCUCGCGAUCUAGAGCUGCUGAAUCCGAUGCGAGAGCUCAUCCAUGAAGGCAAGGUGUUCCGCCAGUCUGACAACUCGAUCGGUGGCUCCUGGACCGAGCUCCAGCUACUCCUUUUCGACAACUACUUGGUGCAGGUCAAGGUGACAAAGUCGAAAGCUGGAUCCUCUCUUCGAUACACCAUCAAGGAGCGGCCUAUUCCGCUAGAGCUUCUCAAGCUCGGCAACUUUGACGACCAAGCCAUCACCCGUUCGAUGGGCAUGCUCACCAUGAUUGGCGGAAAGGGUCACAACGAUAGUAAGGACCAUGCCCAGUCCGACUCGAAGACCGUGUACCCUUUCAAGUUUUCGGUCAUUGGCGCGGGGGCGAGCAAUGGCGUGUACACCCUGUGGGCCGACUCGAAACAAUCACGUAGCCUGUGGCAUGACAAGCUCAAGCACGGCCAGGUACUGCGUACGGAGAUCAACGAGGCCAACAAGGUGUUCGAGUUCACGCCUUUGAGCCUGGACACGUUCUACGUGGCACCCCUCUACGGUGUCCACCCGCACGCGCAGCAGAAUUACACGGGCCGAGUGACUUGCUCGGCUCCUUUCGUGACUGCCGACCACCGCAAGCUCGUGGCGAUCGGCUGCGAGCAGGGCCUCUGGAUUGGCGUGCAGCACGACCCUUCCUCGCUGCGAAAGGUCUUACACGUCAAAGCCGUCACGCAGAUCGCGAUCCUCGAGGAGUUUGGCAUCGUCUUGGUGCUGGCGGACAAGAGUCUCUUGGCGUACCACCUGGAGGCGUUAGUGCCAACAGCAAGUUCCCCUCAGGUGAAGGCGGCGCCGCAUCGGCUCAGCGGAGUUCGCGACAUUGUCUUCUUCGCCGUUGGACAGAUUGCGGACCGCACGCUGGUCCUCUACGCCAAGCGCAAAGGCAUCACCUCUGUGCUCAGGGCAUUGGAGCCGGUACUGAACCGUGCUCCGGAAGAUCGUCGUCGCCUCGGCGGUUUCCUCAGCCAGAAAAACACAGACUGGUUCCGCCUCUACAGGGAGUUCUUCAUCGCGACCGAGGCAAUGAACGUACAGUUCCUCAAGGCCAAGAUUGUGAUCGUGUGUGCAAAGGGCUUCGAGGUCAUGAACCUCUCCGACCUGAAGGGAGGGUCGAUUCCCGUCUUCGAUGCUGCCAAAACAAAGGACAGACCUGAACUGGCCGAGCUCCAACGCCGCUGCGAGUUGGCCACAUCCAAGCCCAUUGCCAUGUUCCGUUCGACGGAGCGCGAGUUCCUCCUGUGCUACGAGGCUUUCGGCUUCUAUGUCGACCAACACGGCCUGCCCAACCGCUCUUGCCAGGCGAUCGACUGGGAGGGCAAGGCCGAGAACAUUGUCUUCCACCCGCCCUACUUGCUGCUCAUCUCGCCAUCGUUUAUUGAGGUGCGCCACAUCAACACAGCCAAGUUGCUGCAGAUCUACACAGGCGUGGACAUCAGGUGUACCUGGGAUGGCACCGGCGGCAUGAUCCGCAGACAGGAGACUGGGCCGGAUUCCAAGGGCUGGGGCGACGAGGUUCAGUCGACCGAGCCGCGUAUCCACAUCUGCAAGCGCACCACAGACAAUAAGCAAACCAACGGCAUCGAGCAGCAAGUCUAUGAGCUCACGCCGACGCUGCUGCUCAACAAUCCUCUGCUCAAUCCGGUCCACACCCAGGACCCAAACUACUUCCCACCUGCGCCUCUCGACUACCGCUCAAGCGGGGGCGAGCCGCUUUACUGGAGUGAGGGGUACGAGGGCGACUCUUACGUUAUGGACAGGCAGAGCGUGAGCUCGGUGAGCACCACGACGUAUGUGAACCAAAACGGCGGCACGUCGCAGACGCAUUUGAUGAGCGCGACUCAGCACGGCGCGAUGCACCCACACCAAACGCUGUCGAUCCCGGCCGGCUUCGAGAUGCCGAUGGUGCGCGACGACUAUGAGUACUUCGAGCGCGGUACGUAUCCCCAGGUUGCAACCCAACAGCACCUGUCAAACGAGUGGCCCGCGCAGUCGGCAGAAGUAAUCAACGGCUAUGGUGGAGGUGGGUAUCAGCCGCAGUACGGACAACAGCAGCAGCGGAACUCGCAGAGCGGCCCCAGCAACUAUGCGCAAUUUAGCCAGGCAGGCGAGUUUGGCGGUUACCAGUCACAGCAGCAGUUCGCAGGCGAUUACGACUUUAACCCGGAGUAUCAACAGCAGGGGUACCAACGAUGA